AUGCGUCAAUCCGUAGCUCCUCAUCGCGCCUCUCAGGCACCUUCUAGCUCCUCAGCUGCGGCACUGGCCAAACUCAUCGAAAAGAAGAAGGAAUACGAAGCGGUAUCUGCCCUCGAACGGGCAAGCGCUCUAUAUCUUGAACGCAUUGAAGGCUUGGGUGAAGACUGCGAUAUUAUGGCCAACGCAGGAGAAGUUCACGGCCAGGUUCUUGCUCAAUGGCCGAAAAUGUUCCAGAUUCUGAACAAAUUUCUUGCGAAUAGAGAAGCUGGAAAUGGUGCUCAAGAACCGACCCAAGAAGUUGUCGAAGGACAACGACUGGUCCGAGUACCGAUUGAAGAAUUGCAAGACGCCAGCUCAGAGAGGUCUUGA